AUACUUCCCUUCUUACCCUUCUUCCCUCUUCCAGAUUUCACGAAAUUGACAAAUUUUGGUCCCUUUAAUAUUUCCUGCUACUUUUGUCUGGUGCAAUCAAGGCAUGCUGUUGUUUCUUUAAGAACCUGGUUGUGCUGCCACGUUUAUCUGCCAUCUGUCACUGCUACCUGUCGUUGUUAGCAGGUAGACUGCACAGUGCACAUGCUUCUGCUCAGCAUCCUCUCAGCGGGUCCAGCCCCCUCGCUAUCUCAUGCCAACAGCUCUCACUUGUCUAGCCUUCUCAGCCAUCAUUCUGAUCUCUGCAUGGGUCAUGUUCCUGCAUUCCUGCUGGUUAGCACUUCUCCAUGGUGGCCUUGGAAAAGCUCCUAGGCCAAGAUAGCAUGACGCCACAUGUUAAUUUCAUGCAUGCCCAUGAGACCAUCUCUUCUGUCCUUCAACCACAGUCUUCGUUGUCAAGGUCAUGUGGUCCAUAAAAGCUCUAGUUGAUUGUUGUGGAAUGCCAGCUGCUAAAUAAGGGCCUCUGCUUAUAGCUUUCACCAUCAGGUUCAUGGCUGUUGCAAAAAGUAUGGCAGAUAUUGUGCAUCUGGUGAAUAUCCCUACUUUCAAACUCUGCCAAGCUAUCAUGUAAUUACCAAUGGUAAAGCACAUCUAAAAACUGUCAAAAUAGUGCCAUAACAGCCUUCUGGACUUCUCUGGUCCAUGAAACUUCACGAUGGUCAGCUCCACCAGUUUGUGUGGUACAAAUUUAUAUGCAUUGACUUGGUCCAGCCAGAGCAAUGCAAAAUUCACCUAUUACAGGUUUAUGCUUUUGCAUUUUGCACCACUAUCCUCAUAAAUCAGGGAAUUUCAAAACCUAUAUAAAAUGCAUUUUGGUGUAGCAAUUUGCUUUAUUUGCCAUCAAUAAGCUUCUAACUUUUUGUUAUUUUUUUUCAAAUAGAGUCUUUGUAUCAGACAAGAUGACACGUCAUUCCAAAAACUGUACAGCUGGAACAGUGUACUCAUACCAUGAAAGGAAAAGAGAUGCAUCAUCCUCUGGUUAUGGUACAAACAAGAUGAGACUGGGCAAAGACUCUGUCAAGGACUUUGAUUGCUGUUGUCUCACACUCCAGCCAUGUAAGAAUCCUGUCCUAACACCAGAUGGCUACCUAUACGACAAAGAGGCUAUUUUGGAAUAUAUUCUUCAUCAGAAAAAGGAAAUUGCAAAGCAACUUAAAAAGUUUGAGAAACAAAAAAACAAGGAACAGGAAGAACUUAAAGAAUUGAGACAAGCAGAGCUUGAAACAAAGAAACAAACCCUACAGAUCAGUAGUCAAGCCCCAGGGGCGGCAGCCAAACAAAAAGCUGCAGAGGCAGAUAGCAUCUCCAAUAUGGAUUCUGCUAGGUCAAAAGACCUACCCAGCUUCUGGAUACCCUCCAUGACUCCAGCUGCUGGCCCGAGUAAAGUCAACAAACCGGAUGAAAAAGUUAAAUGUCCGAUGAGUGGGAAUCCAUUACGACUCAAAGAUCUGGUUACUGUGAACUUCACAGAUAUCAAUGACAGAGACUCCAAGACUGCACUUAUUACUAAGCAGGCUCGGUAUGUGUGUGCGGUAACAAAUGAUGUCCUUGGGAACUCAAUACCAUGUGCAGUCCUCAGACCAUCAGGAAGCGUGGUAACUAUGGAGUGUGUUGAGAAGAUUAUUAAAAAGGACAUGUUGGACCCAAUCAAUGGUGCCAAGCUCAGAGAAAAAGAUAUCAUACAGCUACAACGAGGUGCCUCUGGUUUUGCAGCUGCAGGAAAUAAAUUGGAAGCUAAAAAAGACGGAGCUGUACUUAUGGCUUAAGUGGUAACAUUUAUGAUAUCAACAAAGAAAGGAGAAAUGAAAGAAAGAAAAAACUUGUCACAUGUCAAGGAAAACCUCUCUAAGGGUAAGGACAAGUGUUAUACAUCAACCUCUCAAAGGUCAAGGACAACCUCUAAAGGUCAAAGACAACCAGUUACAGAUCAAGGACCUCUCAAAGGUCAAAAACAACUUCUUAGAAGUCAAGGAUGACUUACAGGAUAUCUCCUACAGGUCAGCAAAUAAAGAACAAUCUGAUUUAAGGAGCUCACAGGGAGGAUGGUUGAUAACGUCUGCAUUUUAAUAAUUCCUGUUCUUAGAUUAACUAAAUGGUCAUGAUGAGCUGGAGAGAAAUGAAGAAUGAAAGAUGAAAGAAUGAAUUAAUGGAUGUGUAUGAAAAUAUUGAAUGGAUUUUUUCAGUCAGGCAUGUUUCACAAGAUAAAGUCAAUCAUAUUUGUAAUCAUUUUAUUUAUCAUUCAUAUGUAUAUAUCUACUGCAUCUGGACAUAUAAAUCAGUUUUAAAUUU